UUCCCCGGAUAAGUACAUUUCUCACCACAAGACUGAAGACUGUGCAGAGAGACAUGGAUUCAUCCCUUAACAUCAUCGAGGUGGCACGAGUCACUCCUUCAAACUAUGAAUCUUCCGAGUCACUAACUCUUCCACUCACCUUCUUCGACCUUCUCUAUUUCAAGUUUCGUCCCGUUGAACGAGUCAUCUUCUACAGACUCACCGACGCAACUCGCCUUUUCUUCGACUCAGUCAUCGUCCCUAACCUCAAAGUCUCUCUCUCCUCAGCUCUCUCUCACUAUCUCCCACUCGCCGGCCAACUUGUAUGGGACGUCCAAGUACCUAACAUUGUCUACUGUCCAAACGACGUCGUUUUAUUCACCGUAGCCGAGUCAAACGCUGAGAUAUCUCGUUUAACCGGUAAGGAAACUUUCCCAUCCAUUGAGUUGUACCCAUUGCUCCCUGAGUUACAAAGCUCCGACGAGUCUUCCUCACUCGUGUCGUUUCAAGUCACUUUGUUUCCAAACCAAGGGUUUUGCAUUGGCGUGAAAGCACACCAUGCCGUUUUGGAUGGGAAAACGACAACCAUGUUUCUCAAAUCUUGGGCGCACGCAUGUAAACAUCAAGAUUCAUCUCUACCGUUGGAUUUAAUCCCAACUCACGAUCGUACGAUCAUAAAAAGUCCAGCGGAUAGUGAAAACAAAGUUUUGAAUGGGUGGCACUCUUUUGCUAAAAUGUUAGCUGGUGGUAAAGAACAAAACAAGCCUAAGAGUUUAAAGCUUCGACCGUCAAUGGAGCUUGGUCCCGACAUUGUCCGGUACACUUUCGAACUCACUCGCGAAAAUAUCCAAACGCUUCGUGAGAGACAUAAGAAAGAUUAUUCUUUAUCCUCAUCUUGCUCAUCCUCAAAGGAGCUUCGUCUGUCCACGUUUGUUAUAGUUUUCUCGUACGCCUUAGUGUGCUUGAUAAAAGCUCGAGGCGGAGAACCGAAUAGAGCGGCUGGCUUUGCUUUCUCGAUAGAUUGUCGAAGCCUCAUUGAUCCGCCUACCCCGAAUUAUUUUGGAAAUUGCAUCGCUGGUUGCUAUAGAAUGAAAACGGCAGAGACAUUUAUGGGUGACGAAGGGCUUCUAACUGCUGCUAGAAUGGUCAGCGAUUCGAUCGAGGAAUGGGACGAGAGUAUGAUGUGGACGAUUCCGGAUUUAGCAGCUUAUGCAACUCUUUUACCAGGUACACAAAUGAUUUUGGCUUCAGGGUCUACACGGUUUGGAGUAUACGGGUUGGACUUUGGAUGGGGUAGACCUGAUAAAGUUAUGAUCGUAUCUAUUGGUCAAGGCAAUGUGGUUUCUUUGUCGGACAGUAGAAAUGGGAAUGGUGGUGUGGAGAUUGGCUUCUCACUCAAGAAACAAGAAAUGGACUCUUUGAUUGAUUUGCUCCACCAUGGACUAAGUUAGUUAUAUCACCUUUUUCUUUAAUUACAUGAAUAAAAUUUGUUAUCUGAUUGUUUAUGGAUACGGUAUUUGACUAUUUGUAGCUUUUUAUAUGAGGUAUGGUUGGUUGGUAUUAGAAUU